AUGGACAGCAUCGGUAGAGCAGGUUUUUCUCAUGACUUUGGCGCCAUCGACGGGAAACCGCAAAUUUUCGACGGCCUUGACCUGAGCAGUGGCGCCGCCUUCUUUGCUUUCACGAUCAUCACGGGUAUGGUCUUCCCUGCCGUUCUUCGGUUGCCUUCGAAGAGGAAAGAGGCUUUAACUGAUAUGAACCGUGUAUUCUCUGGUGUGGCCGACCAGCUCUUGUCAAAGGCCAAGGAGCAUGGGAACGAGGAGGAUAAAUCUGUAAUGGGUCUGCUUCUCAAAUCAGAGAUGCAUGAUGCAGACGUUCACAUGUCUAGGGAAGAGAUCAUUGCACAGAACAUGUUGUUGAUAGCAGGCUAUGAAAUGACAAGCAUCAGUCUCACGUGGGCCCUUAUCGAAAUGUGCAAGAACGCGGACAUCCAGAACAAGCUCCGCGCAGAACUGGUGCAAUUCGGCAACACCGACCCGACAUGGGAGCAACUCAACUCGAGUCUUCCGUAUCUUGACGCAGUCGUACACGAAACCCUACGAUUGCACCCACCCGUAUCAGAGGCCGUAAGGGUGGCAACAGAAGACGACGUUCUUCCUCUCACUACACCAGUAGUGACCAAAUCCGGAGAGACCGUUAACAGUCUCUUAGUGGCCAAAAAGACGGUCUUCACCGUUCCCAUUCAAACGCUGAACAUAUCCGAGGAAUUCUGGGGCCCUGAUGCAAAGGAGUUCAGACCGGAGAGGUGGCUGGAGGACUUUACACCGCGAGCGAAGGAGAUCCAGGGUCAUCGACACCUGUUGACGUUCGUAGAUGGACCCAAGACAUGUCUCGGGAAGACGUUCGCUUUGACCGAGUUCAAGGCGGCGCUCUUUGUUAUUGUACGGAACUUUGCAUUCGAAUUUCCUGGUGGAAGUGAUACAGCUAUCGGCAAGUAUACCGGGAGUGUUUUGCCUCGACCGAAAGUCGUUGGCAAAGAGGGCGCAAAAGUUCCGUUGAGGGUGAGGCGCGUAUGAUGUGACACCCGAUCUCGCGAUGAUAUAGGCAGAGUCUAAGAAAUAAAUGAACAGCCCAUACAUUUCGUCCUGCUCCUGUUUCUGACGUUCAGUCGUCUCUGAGAUACCCCAGAAACAAGAGCACCCCAUCAAGUCUUCGGGAGGCAGAACAAAUCAUCGCGAGAUAAGCUGCUUGCUUGCUGGGGUUCUGAUUUGUUAGGCGUACGUCUCCCGUCUUGCACGUUUUCGUCAGAAGAACAAACGCUCCCACAUCGACAUGCCUUCAAUAUACACCGUCUCCACGGACGCGACCAGUGCAGUAAGAAGUUGCUCUGAUAUGGCAUAGAGCAUAAUGUUGGCAUGCCUCUUUCCCGAGACGACUGGUCGAGCCAUAUGCGGUAGAGGAUGGCGUGGGUGGGAGUGGUGAGCAAUAUCUCGGGGGAUACAGCGGAUAACAGCACAGGCCGAGAGGGCUUUC